CCUGCUUCUCACCGCCUCCUGCUCCAUCUCUGCGGUCACUGAGUGUGAGUGGAGGGGGGAAAGCAGAGAGGGAGCUGGUGUCUUUGCAAGCAUUUACAUCAGCAUCCUUUCAGAAGAUUCCCUGCCGCUGCAGCUGUAGUCAUCCAGGGGGGGAAGGAUGCACGGGCUGAUCCAGGGAUGGGAGCAGAGGCUGGCUCUUCUAAUUAUGGGAAGUGCCUCAGCGCCGUUUACAAGGGUGUUUGGGGCCGACAGCAGAUGAGAAGGUUCUCCUAACCAGCAGGAAUCAGAACACUAGAACCUCCUGACCACCAAACCAUCAGGACCACAAGGCAACAUCUGGCCCUAAUUUUCGAUCCACUGUUUUCUGGCUGCACUUCCUGGUUUUGAAGGAUGGGUGAUGGGCCUGUGACUGAUCCUGCCCGCCUGCCUCACCCCACCCUUCAAUGGAGUCUGUGUGGAAUUCCUCCCACUCACCUGCACAGCCCACUUCCAACGUGUCUGCCUCCUCUCUGUACGAGGGCUGGGCCCUGUCUCAGUCGCUAGCCCUGCUGGCAAUGCUGCUCAUGGACCUGCUGGCUGUGGUGGGUAAUGUGGCUGUCAUGGCUGUCAUUGCGAAGGCCCCACAGCUCCACAAGUUUGCCUUCGUCUUCCACCUGUGCGUGGUGGACCUUCUGGCUGCCCUGGUGCUGAUGCCACUCGGCAUGCUCUCGAGCCGAGCGUUCUUUGGGGAGGCUUUGUGCCGGAGCUACCUCUUUCUCAGUGUGUGCCUCGUCAGCGCUGCCAUUCUCUCCAUCUCUGUCAUCAAUGUGGAGCGUUAUUACUACGUCAUCCAUCCCAUGCGCUACGAAGUGAAGAUGACCGUCGGUCUAGUGGCCUCAGUCUUAGUGGGGAUCUGGGUCAAGGCUCUGGCCAUGUCUGCUCUGCCGCUGCUGGCGUGGUUCCUGCAAAGUGGAAGAACUCCUCUUCUGGAAAGUAGCGGGGUUGGUGGAGGAGGUGGAGGGGCCAUCCCACCUCCCCCUGCUCAGAAUCACAGGCGCUGCUCCUUACACUGGACUGGGGGAGGGACCAACCGCUUAGCCUUCAUGGUCCUCUUCACCCUGGUGUAUUUCCUGUGUCCGCUGUUGGUCAUUCUGGUUGUGUACUGCAACAUGUUCAAAGUGGCUCGUGUUGCUGCCAUGCACCACGGACCACUUCCUACUUGGAUGGAAACGCCUCGCCGCCAACGGUCAGAGUCACUCAGCAGCAGAUCCAUAAUGGUUACCAGCUCUGGGACGGGCACUGGAACUGACAGAGCGACUCCCCAGCGCCCCUUUGGAGGAGGAAAGGCUGCAGCAGUGCUGGCAGCAGUCGGUGGCCAGUUCCUUUGUUGCUGGCUGCCCUAUUUUACAUUCCACCUGUAUUCCGCCCUGGCUGCCAGCCCGCCUGCUGCCCUGGCCUCCUUAGAGGAGGUGGUCACCUGGAUUGGCUACUUCUGCUUCACCUCUAACCCCUUCUUCUACGGCUGUCUGAACAGGCAGAUCCGCGAGGAGCUGGGCAAGCAUCUGCCUUGCUUGUUCCGCAGAGCAGGGGUUGAAGUGGAGGACAGGCUGCCGAGCCGCGAAGGAUCCAUAGAGGAGAAUUUCCUUCAGUUUCUUCAGGGCACGGGCUGUAAUUUGGAUCCUCAAAACUCUCACAGCACUUCCAGUCCGAAGGGUGAAGCCUGCUGCCCCGUGGCCCAGUGCCAGCCAGCUGAGACAGCCCAGCCCAUUCCCAUCGAUUUCCGCAUCCCUGGACAAAUAGCAGAGGAAACUUCAGAAUUUAUUGAGAUUGAACAGGCAAAAAACAACCACAUCUUUACAGAGAAUUAGAUCUGUGUUGUCUUUAAGGUCUAAAACAACCUUAAAAACAUUUCAGGAAACUGUUUUCCACUUCCGGUAAAAGUGUCUACUAUAUAUUGUCAAUUCUAGCAUCUUAAUUUCUGAUUCACGGUGAAACAGUCAUGCCGUUGGGAUGCACUUUAAACCGCUACAUGUGAAAAGGGAGAAAACACACCAGUGUGUUCAAAAACACAACUCUGCUUCACGCAGACAGUAAACAAUCCUCUAAUUUGCCAUCAAGCUUUGAAAUUGGUUUCAUUCUCUGUAUUUUUGUAUUAUUUUGCUUGUGGAUCAAUCCUCUUUAAUAAUCACCACUAAACACUCUUCCUAAUGCCUCACACUUUAAAGUUAAUCCUUAAAAGAAGACAAAUGGCUUUACAAAUUCUCAUGAAUAGUUUUAAAGAUAAAAGCAAUAAAAUGCACAAUUUUCUGGGAGUUGAUACGUUCUUUGGCCUCCAUCAGCUGACUGAUCAAGCCAGAUCAUAAUAAACCAUCAGGAGGUGUCCAUUUUGGAGCCUAAACUAUUUAUUUAACUCAUUUAUAUUUAUCAGCUUUCCAAAGAAUGCAUUUGAGAUCUGAUGUUUGUCAUAGGUCGUAACUCAGCUUCAGGGUCGUUAAACAUUUCAAUCCUAAAAGCUGUUUUCUCCGGAGACGCUGCAUCGCAUUCCUUACAUUGCUCAGUGAGAUUCAGUGUUCAUUUUUUAGUAAAACUGUAAGUUUGAGUUGUGUCUGCCAGUGCGUGCAUCUUAUUUUCUAUUGGUGAGUAAGCAUUUGUUAUCAAGCAGUUUUUUUUAUUUUUGACAAGGGUGCAGUAUUUUCCUUCCUUUUGAUUUGACUUUCUUUUACUUCUCGCUGACUACCGUUCUGAUCAGGGUUUUUACAGUACCUCAGUGCAGGAAAAGAUCAUGUUUUGCAGUCACGCGUGUUCUGUCAGGCAUCGUUUCUGCACAUUAUGUUAAAAUUGUAAGGAAACAGCAGAGACGACCUGCUGGUUGAGGUUUUAAUAUGAACGGGGGUGCAAGCUUAGGCUGGGGUUUUACAUCUAAAUGUGUCGUCAGAACUGGACGACACAAAUCAUUGUUUUUGGAAACAGGGUUUUUUGGAUAUUUUCUCAGACGGUGUUUUUGUGACAGUGCCAGUCCAACGUCAACAGCUCCCCGAGGUUCUUCUCAUUGCGACAAAAUAUCACAAAAUGUGAAAGACGUUCAUGAGUUUAAAUAUAUUCAAUUAAGAUUUGGGGGCUGUGAUUAUUGUUUUGUAUGAAACAGGAUGACUUCCAUCCAUCCAUCCAUUGUCUGAACCCGCUUUGUCCACGUAGGGUCGCGGGGGGGCUGGCGCCUAUCUCCAGCGGUCAGUGGACAAUCAGGCAGGGUACACCCUGGACAGAGAGCCUGUCCAUCGCAGGGCAACACACACACACACACACACACACACACACACACACACACACACACACACACACACACACGCACGCACGCACACACACACACACACACACCUAAGGACAAUUUAGACAGACCAAUCAACCUAACAGUCAUGUUUUUGGACUGUGGGAGGAAGCCGGAGUACCCGGAGAGAACCAGGAUGACUUCCAUUGUAGAUAAUUGAUAUUAAUGUGUUUGGAGGAGAAAAAAAGAGGACAUGGUCCAACUUGAGUGAGAUGCUGUUGUAAUAAAGAGUUUCUAGUUUGUAAAACAUUUUGAGUGCACUCUCAUAAUUUUACCGCAAGGAUCUGAUGCCUUGCAGCAGGAAGGCUGCUGGUUUGAGUCUCAUCUGGGAAAUUU